GAGAAAAAGACUACACCACACGAAAACAGACAAGCGCCCCCUGUUCCCUGGACGUCUGCCCUGCAAGAGCACAGAGGUGUAAGGGCCCCGCCAGGUUUACAGAUGACCUCUACAGUUCAUCUUGGCAAGGAAGGCACAGUUCAUCUUGGCAAGGCUGUCCCCGACAUUUGCAAGAUCAUCGUUGCCGUUAUCCUCCCCCCUCUCGGAGUUUUCUUCGAACGUGGAUGCGGUGCCGAUCUCUUCAUCAACAUCCUACUCACCAUUCUGGGUUAUCUUCCCGGUAUUGUCCACGCUCUCUACAUCAUUUUGAAGUAUUAAAUGAGCAACGACACAACAACGACAACAAAAAAAACAUCGACUAAUUGAUCUUGUUGUUUUUUGUCGUCGUUCGUGAACGAGAAGAAAAUGGAAAAAGAAAAUGUUACAUCGGGAACCAAGUGGUGUGCGCACAUCACCAUACCAUCAUGGAUAGGUUGAUUCCUUUUCCCGACGGUUCCGGCGCUUGUUUUCGCCUUAUGAUACCCCUUGUCGAAAUUCCGCGCUGCGCCCUGGGGGAUUUACGCGGACAUUUCGGCACGCAUUUGUUGCAGGCAUGAGGAUAAGCUCAGAAAGUGAGAGAAGAAGAGACAAGUUUAAUUACGAUAGGGAGGGAUGGGCGUUUAACGAACGGGUUUACGAGAACGCAGGUGGAAACUUGGGGUUUUAUGUAAUGGAAGGAGCUCAAGGGGUUAAUAGGCGCUCAACGACAACAGAAACGCAUGCCUUGCGGUUGUGAGCAUUCUGCUACUCCAAAUUCGUACUAUUACGCCGGUCACUUGUGCUCUUGUGCUCUCCAAGUAAGCUUGUUUAAGGGAAUUUGUGGGAUGCAUGUUAUAGGAUAAGGCUCCUUUUGCUGUCCCUCCAUGUGCUCUUGUUGGGUAGCUUUUUUUGACACUCUUACGCAUUGCCUUUCAUCUAUAUACUCAGUUCGCGAGGUU